AUGGCGGCCUUGCAAGUGGAGAGGAAGCCCGGGCUCGUCAUUAAACCGGGCCAUGUCAGGCUUGCAGAGGCCGAUGUGGACCUGCUCGAGGCGGGACAAACUAGCCCAGCCGAGACGCCACGGCGGGAAGGCCCCCUGCCGGGUGCCGUGGCGGUGUGGAAGUGCCAGACAGCCCUGGCGGUGACGCAGGCGUCAUUUGUAGUGGGUUCGGUCAUCCUGAAGAGCAGUCUGAAGUAUGUGGAUGAAGAGAAAGGGGAGGCCUUCUCGCCCAUCGUGUAUGCGCUGUUUCGCGAGGCAUGCGCCGGGCCCAUCCUGCUGCUGCUGUCCCGGGCCAUGGCAGGCAGGACCCACCCCAAGCAGAGCGAUCUGUGGCGGGUGGGGGUCAUGGGCGGCGCCAUGUUCCUGUCGCAGCUGCUUUACAUCCUGGGCAUAGAGUUGUCGGGCGUCACGGUGGCCACUUGCAUGCAGCCCGCCAUCCCGGUGUUCACCGUGCUGCUGGGCAUCGCGCUACACAUGGAGCAGGGCAACCCGCGCAAGCUGGCUGGCAUCGGGCUGUCGGUGGCGGGCGCGAUUUGCAUGGUGGCCGGCGGCGCCGCCUCGGCCACCCACGGCCACGGCGUGACCCAGCAGGAGGCCAGCAACAUGCUGCUGGGGGAUGUGUGCCUGCUCAUAAACACCCUGGCCAUGGCCGUCUAUUACAUUGUGUCCAAGCAGAUGGUGCAGCGCUACCCCGCCAUCUGCGUGGCCGCCUGGGCCUACCUUGUAGCGGCGACCUGCAUGGCGCUGGCGGCGGCGAUCUUCACCGAGGCCGCCGACUGGCACUUCCCGCGGUCCAUGGUGCUGCCGCUGAUCUACUGGAUCCUGGUCUGCUCGGUGGCUGGCUACUAUGCCGUCACCUGGGCCAUGCGCCACCUGCCCGCCUCACAGGUGGCCGCCUUCCAGUGCUUGCAGCCCUUCGUCGGCACGCUGCUGGCCUUCCUGGUGCUGGCUGAGCAGCCCACGGCGUGGGACCUGGGCGCGAUAGGCAUCGUGGCGGGCCUGCUGCUGGUCAGCACCAGCAGCGACCGGCGCGACAUAGACACGCAUGCGGUGAUGACCCGCAUCCGGCGCCUGCUGUCCCACCGCAACCUCAUGCUCACCAAGUCGGUGCACAUGCUGCAGCUGUGGCCCGCCGAGCAGCGGCAUUAG